CUCAGCGAAAAUGAGCUCAUCACCUUGGCUUACGGCGAUGGUCGCGAUCACGACGAUGCUCGCCAAUGGCGUGAGCUCGGACAUGGCGAGAGACAAGCAAGAGUGCGCGGCCCAGCUGGCCAAUCUCUCGCCAUGCAUACCCUUCGUCGGUGGCGACGCCAAAGCUCCACCCCUGGCAUGCUGCGUGAACCUGAGAAAGGACGUGGACGAGACAAGCAGGUGCCUGUGCAUGCUGGUCCGAGACCGGGACGAGCCGGGGCUCGGCUUCAAGCUCAACGCCACCCUCGCACUCGCCCUCCCUUCAAUCUGCCAUGCUCCGGCCAAUGUCUCCAAUUGCCCCGCUCUUCUGCAUUUGGAUCCCAACUCCCCAGAAGCUCAAGUUUUCGAGCAAUUCGCAGACCCGCCAAUCGCCGGGAGCAUCUACGGAGAUCAAUCUAGCCUCGUCUCGAGCAGCGACCCGGCAAAACGACCCCGGCGUAUCGGAGUUGCCUUCUUGCUCCUGAUAAAUACUGCUGUUCACAUGUUGUGGGACGGAUUUGCUUGCCGCUGCUUCCCCUCUUUCUUCCCCAAAUGAUCAUCUCUGUUGGUUAAACUUU